CUUUUUCAAAAUGUCAGAUAAAUAGAAAAUAUACCAUCGCAUCGCAUUGGAGUAUGUUUGUUGAAGUCUGCAGAAGUGGAUAUAUUUUCUUUUUGAAGAAUAUGCUUACUUUAAAACAUAAGAUAUAAAGUAAGAAGGAAUGGCGCAAAGGAAAAAGGAAUGGCACAAAGCGGAGAGCUGGGUCCGAAGGUCUACUAGAGGAUGCACAGAUUUUGACAUGGUCAACGAUGAUUACGUACCAAAUAUUAAUGAGGGCACUUUGCAAUUACCCACGUCUCCAAAUAGAGAAUGCGAGGGAAAGGAAGAAAGUGACACUGCAGAAAAUCAAAACAGGCACCAAAGCAUUCUGGGUUCUUCUGCAGGGAAGAGAAAAUGCCAGGAGCCAGUGUCACGUUCUGAAGAUAUUUGUUUGUCCGAUCAACCAGAUAUAUAUCCACCAUCAGCAAAACUGUUCCCUGAAAACAAUGAUAAAGAUGUUAAGAGAAAAGGCAGCAAAAAGCCAAAUGCUGGUGGAAAUACAGGCAAUAAGAAAAUGAAUAAACUAUUAAAGCUUUCUACUAAUGAAAAGGGUCCUUUGAGUACAUCAGAUGGUGGUGCAUCAGAAAAUUCAAACAAUAGAUCAAUACUGGAAUAUGAACCUGUUGAAAAUAGCUCAGUAUUUUCUUUAUCCUCAAGUAGCAAUGACGGUUUACCAAACAAAGCAUCUCUAAAACCAACUGAAACUAAUAGUUCUCAAGCUGGUUCAAGUAAAAAGAUUUCAAAGAAAAAAGGGAGACCUAGUAAGUCACCAAGAGACACUAACAAAACCACGAAAUUAGUUCAAGAUGAAAAAUGUUUGGAUGAUAUUGCUACAUCUUCACCAGAAACUGUAAAGGCUGGGAAAAAAAGUUUGGUCAAGAAGAAUGAGAAAGUUAGUGAAAAAUCACAAAAGGCUGCUAAAAAGAAGGAAAUACCAAGAAAAAUACAUGCUGAUGUUAUAAUGAGUACAGAAAUGAAUAAAGAUAAUCUUCUGGUUGAUCAUGAAAAGGCUGACAAAGAGGAAGCAAAAAUAGUUGUUAAAAAGAAUCAAAAGACAAAGAAAAUGCAAGCUUGUAGUGAUGGUAGCUUAGAUAAAGAGCCAGUUGAUGAUUGUAAGUCAAGAAAUCAUGAAGCCAUAUUAUCAACAGGGUUUGAGGCUCCUCAGGACAAACAAAAUGAAGUUGUAUACAAAGAAAAAGUAGGAACAAUUUUGAAAAAGAGAGGAAAACCUAGGAAGGCACUACCUGAUUGUGAUAAAAUGAUGCCUGCAAAAUCUGCAGAUGGUGGCAAAGACCAAGGUAAUGUAGACACAUUAGUAACUGGGUUUAAGAUCCCACGACACAUGCAAAAUGAAGUGACAUUCUCCAAUAAAGUAAGCAAAAUUUUGAAAAAGAGAGGAAGACCAAGGAAGGUUUCUAUUUGUAGUGAUAAUGAUAUAAGUACAGAUCAAAACGAAGAAAUAAAUGAAGCUACAUUAUCAACAGUAUUAGGAAAUUGCCAAACCAGGGAAGGUGAAAUUGCAAUCCAUGAUAGAAUGGGGAACAUUUUGAAAAAGAGAGGAAGACCAAAGAAAAUACCAAAUGAUGGCGUUAUUAUUCCGAAUGAAGAAUUUUCUGAGGACUACAAGUUAUCUGGUCAUUUAGUUACAUCAUCAACUGAAAGUGAAAAAAUUCAAGAUGAUCCUGAUUGUAAGGUGCUGAAAAAGAAAAGAGGAAGAAAAAGGAAACUGCAGCAUAAUAGUAGUGAAGUAUUAAGUACAGAGUCAGAUGGAAAUGGAACUAUGCUAAGCGAUUUAAUCUCUCCUGUACUGGAGACUGAUGGUCAAUUUAAAAAGCCUUCGAAAAAGAGAGGAAGACCAAAAAAAGUCCUGACUAGUAAGGAUGUAUCAAUGAUUGAACAAUCUGGUUUUCCACCAAAUGACUCUAGGAAACUAGUGUCUACAGCUACAAACAGUCUAUUUGAAAGUGAACAUGGUAUAACAAUUCCACAUAAGACCAAGAAGCUAAGUGAUGCUAAAGUAUCUAAGAGGAGAAAAAGCUAUUCAAAAUGUAAAGAAAGCCUUUCAAGUAUGGAAGAAGAUGAGUCAUGCUUGGAAAGUAGUCUUUGCAGGGAAUCAUCAGACGAGUCUUUUGAACAUGAAUCCUAUAUUCAAAAAUCAACAAAAAGGAAGCCAAAAGAGCAAAUAAUAAAGAAAAGAGGGAGACCUCCAAAAAAACCAGUUGGAAAAUGUAAAUUGAAAAUGUUAUCAACAUCAAAGGGAAAACUGCAAAUUGAUGAAGAAAAGCUUUCUCAGUGGGUAGAAGAAUUUACAAAUGGCAUUUUCAAAUGUGUUAUAUCAGACUGCACAGAGGAGUUCAACACAUGGCUUGGUUUGUUUAAACACAGCAAUAAUCACAAUUCGGAGCAACAAGUAUUUCCCCUCACCAAAUUGAAAGUACCUUGUCAUGUUUGUAAAGAAAUUUGUACAUGUGGACCCAUGUUCGCAAAGCAUAUGAGAGUUGUUCACAACGAUAUAUAUGAUCUUUCUAUGAUGCUGGAUGCUGGUGAUUUAACGAAAUGUUUUAACUACACUUGCCAGGAAGAAAUCCGUUCUUUCAAUGAAUGCAUUGAACAUGGUUGCCGUUGUGGCAGUUUGGUAAAAUGUGAGAAAUGCGAGAAGACAUAUAAGACAAGAAAGUACUUUUUCAAUCAUUCUUGCCCUGCAGUUGAAAGUAGGGAUGUAGUGAUAAGGGACACUGGAAGUGCGAACUGCCAGCUGGAAAUAUCCGGGAUCGGAGCAAGAAAGUCUGCAAGAAAAGCACUUAAUGCGAUCAGUAGACUGGACCUUACUGAGGAGAACCCAAAGCGAUCGCGCAAAGCUAAAAAGGAGACAGAUUUCAUAGCAGGCUCGAGCGAGAGUGAAGAUUCUGUAGAAUUUGAGCAUGAUGUUGAUAAUGAUGAUGAUGAUGAUGAUGAUCAAAAUCACGCUGAAGAUAAAUAUGAUUUAGAGAGAAACAGCACGCAUAUGCCACCAGGGCAUACAUUUUCGUCGAGUUCAAGAAUUUCUGGCAAUCUUUCUUGCAAAAGAGUCAAACCUUUGAAGCAAAAUAUUCAGUGGCUAAAAAGCUGGUUUGAAGUCAAUCAUUCUCUUUGGCUGUAUCCAGAAUGGGAUUUCUCCAGCGGCAAAGUGUCGAUCGUUUCAGAGAGCGAUGCAAAGGGGUUCUUCCCAAAUCGACCAAAGUCGCCAUUUUUCAACAUCGUAUAUGAAACCGCCUCCAAACAUGCCUGCUCGACCCAUACGAUGCAGUUGGAAAUCUUUCAGACAUCAGAUCCACUUGAAGGCUCCAAGAUAUCAAAUCAUUUCGUCGGUGGCUCAGUCUUAGCAAUGGAAUGGUGUCCGACAGGUGGAACAUCAGACCAAUAUUUGGCUAUCAGUGCUUGCGAAGGCACCGAGAAGACUCUGAUACGUGAUAAAGAGGUUCCUAAGAAAAGUCUCAUUCAAAUUUGGAAGAUUCCAGCAUGUAGAGAGAAAAGAAGCUGCGAUCAAGCGGGAUUUGUCAUGGGUAUUUGUGUUGACCACGGGCCAGUGCAUUGCUUGGAAUGGUGCCCGUCGGGAUCAGCCAAGCAGAAUGAAGAAGCCACCAUUAGACGCCUAGGUUUACUUGCAGCCUCGGGAGUAGAUGGUUGCAUUCAUAUUUACAGCAUCCCUCACCCUGAAGACUGCCUUAAAGUAAAGUCUGAAAGCGGCAAAGAAGAUGAUGCUACCAGUUCAGAUUCUAUUAAGCGCGUGUUUAUCAAGCCGAACCCUGUUCUCGUUCUGGCGGUAUCUCGAUCAAGCAUCACGGGAGCGCCUUCUUCAAACAUAAUCACCUGUUUCCAAUGGCAACCGACACUUGGACAUAAGAAGAUUGCUGCUGGUUUUCAAGAUGGAUCACUUUGCAUUUGGGAUUUGACGUCCAGAUCAUCGCUUCUCCGUCACUUUUCGCAAAAGAAUAACACAGAAUAUCUGCUUCCGUUCUCAAGAAUUAGUGCACACAACUGCCGAGUUAAUUCCCUUAGUUGGUGCCCCGGUGAUGAGAAUUUUUUGAUGACUGUGAGCUUCGAAAAGGUUUUAAAGGUAUUUGACAUUCGCAGAAGGCACACGAUUCCCGAAAUUUCGCUGAAAAGAAAUUUAUUUGAGAAUUGUGCAUUUAUGCGAAGAUUGGCUUGCUUUGUUGUGACGGAAGAUGAAGUUUUUAGUUGCAUUCCAGCGGGGUCGAGGUACAUCGACAUCAUAUCAAGUACAAAACAGAAAACCAUUUUACAGAUGAGUGACCUUAUUACGUCACACAACGCUGGCUGCAAAGGCUUGUCGCAGAAUGAAUGGAUAAAUGGGUUUGUGACGUCAUGCACUGCUGGUGAAGUCGUAUUUAGAGCAUGCGCAAAUGAAAAUAGUGGAAAGGCCGGAAACUCCCUUCGCGUGCCAGUGUACAGGGUACAGUGCCUUAAGAAUGCCAAAGACAGCACACCAGAAUCACCUCUGAUAUGUGAACCAUCAGCAGUUUCUAAACACCCAGAAAAGCGACAUUCGAAUGAGCUCUUGAUAUCAGCAAAAGAAGAAGUUGGAAAACAAGUUGUCAGACUAGAAGAUGAGAUUAUGGAGAACAAGUUUACAUUUAUAGACAGCAACUUUUUCGAGUUUCGAAAUAAUCCGCAAAAAUGUGGACUAGAAAUGGAUCGUUUACGACAUUCGAAAGAAAUGCAAAUGACCGCGAUUCGUCAGCAAGAAAUGCGUCAAAUUACAAAGGUCAAAUGGAACCCUAAUUACGGAAGUCAUCAAAUGCUAGCAUCAGGAGGGGUGCUUGGUAUUGUUCGAGUGCACCAUUUCACAAAAUGGAUGUGAAAGAAGAUUUUGCCUGAAAGAAUAGUGAAAUAUGCAAUACGAAAUAUGCUGGUAUAAAAGGCGAAAAAGAGGCAAACGGUGCCUGUUUUCAAGGAUACCAAUUAUUGACUCAAAGAACUCUGCAAGCUUUAGUUUUUAAGUAAUGAAGUUCUUAACACAGGUUCGAAAGCAAAUAUUUCUUGAUGACCCACAGGUUGCAUUUAUUUCUUAACGAACGAAGUAAGCUUUUUGGAUGAUAUUCACCUACGCUGAAUAUCAAGGCGAAAUCGUUUUUUAUUGGACCUAAAAUAUUUCGGGGGUAUUGCCCAGAUUACUUUAUUUCGUUAUAAAGACUUGGUUACGUGGGUAAAGAUUAGGAUUGAAACGUGCCACUUCAUGGAAUUCUACCUUGUACAAAGAGCAGCUAAAAUAAACCCCACGAACUCCACACUGCCCGAGAUGUUCCUUUUAAGAAGGAAGUAAAGCGAUGGAUGGAUGGUAAAGGAUGGCAAAGACGCGAUUGGAAAUGAUAAUAACAGAACAGUUUUUCAUUAGAAAUACGGUCUAUCGUUUAUUUGCAAUGAAGAGAGAUCUGCUAUAACAGUACAAGCAGAUGUUCUUUAAAUACCUAAAAUGGUACUUCAAUUUCUUAAAUAUAGAUAAAUUUGUCUUGCUUGAUGAAAUUACCUGUUACUAGAGUGUCUCCAUACAUUGCUUUAAACUCAUCAAAUUUACUGCCAUCGACAAUUCGUGCAAUAACCUGUAAUUGAUGGAAUUAAAUACUGUAAAUGAAGGUUUCUGCAAAUCUUAAUUGAAAUAGACAAAUUAUGUUAUAACGCAGUGCAAUAGGCUUUCCCACGACAAAAGAUUUUUGUCUCAAAGAGAAGACAUUGCCUCGUUUCUUGAUUAAAUUUACCAUAAUAUCCAUUAUUGACUCUAAAGUCUUUUAAUCAAUAUGAAUAAUUUACCUCUCGAACGUCGAAGGACUUUUUCAAGUUAUCUCCAACAAUGCCAUAUAAAUCAUCGGCUGGGUAAAUUGGGUCGAUAGACUCCGAAACAUUCAU